CCAGACCGGAUGUCUGUAGAUGAAUGACACAAUCAUCACAGUUGCAGAAAAAUGAGAGGGUGACAAAUGUAAACUGUUCAGUUUAAAGAGAGCAGGAGCAGAGGACUUGGAAGGAUCACAAUGGGAAAUAACGCAAAGGACCAGGUCCAGUCACAAAUAUUGGGAGGAGAAACUUUAAGGAAACGUUUUCCUUUGAAGUAUGGCUUGAUCUUCCUUUUUUUUAUUUUCUUUGUUUUAUGGAUUAUGUUUUACAGCGUUAACUUCACUGAUCACAUAACCUGUAAAUUAGCAGAGUUAAAGAAGAAAGUCCCAACCACCGAAACUUUGAAACGUCCCACUAAGGCUCCUAAGCGUACCAGUGUCUGCUCUUUCCGUUCUGUGCUCCCUGACGAUGCCCGUGAGGCAGAGAUUCUGAAGGACUACAUUGCCUGGCCUGAAACACCAUCUGUACCAGCUAAUUUUUCUCUGAAAGACACCACUCAUGCUCCUCAUAGUACUUUUACAAUUCUUCCUCAUAAUGGAGGGAGAAGUUGGCACGUAGGGGAUCAACUAGAGGUUUUGAUACAAAUUAAUGACUUUAAUGGUCGCCCCAAGAAAUCUGGUGGAGACGUUCUUUUUGCACGGCUACACAACCCUACUGUCCGUGCAGGUGUCGUGGGGAACGUGCUUGAUCAUCAUAAUGGUUCCUACACCGCUGUAUUCUCUUUACUCUGGGAAGGAAGCGCACAAGUUGAGGUGAUCCUGAUCCACUCCAGUGAAGCGGUCACAGUAAUGGAAAGAGUCAACCUGGAACAACCUGGUAGAAUCUUUUUUCGAAGCCUUUUCCGCUUUGGCUCAGUCUCUGAAGCUGCCAUAUGUAAUGUGUGCCUUAAUGCCCCCCUGGAGCAGCUGUGCAAUUACACUGACAUUCGCACAGGUGAGCCCUGGUACUGCUACAAGCCAAAGAAACUUAAAUGUGAGCACAGAAUCACCCACUCUUUUGGAGGUUACAAACUAAAACCUAUGCCCUUGGAGAACAAGCUCUUUAAAAUUGGUGUCAACAUGAAAGCCUCAAUUCGGUCACCAGGGCCUUCCAAAAUCACCAUUUUACCAAAACUAAAAGCUCUCAAUGAAGCAGUCCCUGCUUACGCAUCAGGAAGAGUUAUGAGUAGACCUGUUGGUUAUUACUACCAGGGUGCAUGGCAACCUCUAGAUGGCACAACAGUUCAUCAGUUUAACAAUGCUGCAGUAAUAAGCCAGUGUCUGAAAGGGAAGGUGGUCCACAUGUUUGGAGACUCAACCAUCAGGCAGUGGUUUGAAUAUUUAAUCGCAAAAACACCAAAUCUUAAGAAGUUUGACAUGAAAACACCCCCAAAAACGGGACCUUUUAUUGCUUUGGACUAUACAAAAAACAUCUUACUGACGUUCCGCUGCCAUGGUCCUCCAAUUCGUUCUCCUAUGUUGCCUGUCAGUCAGUUACAUUUUGUUGCCAAUGAACUGGACAGUGUGGAUGGAAGCAAUAACACUGUUGUAGUUAUUGGUGUCUGGGCCCACUUCAGCACUUUUCCUGUGGAGGUCUACAUCCGACGUCUGCUGAGCAUAAGGAGGGCAGUGGAGCGGUUGUUGACAAGAGCUCCGGGUACACUGGUUAUCAUCAGGACUGCUAAUCCAAAAAGGCUGACACCACCAGAGUCAAUGACCACAGAUGAUUACUAUUUCCUACAACGUGAUAAGAUACUCCGAGCAAUAUUCAAAGAGGUCAAUGUCAAAUUGCUACAGGCAUGGGAGAUGACGCAGGCCCACUACCUGGCACAUAACCUCCACCCACCACCUCCUAUAAUAAAGAAUAUGAUUGAUGUUAUCUUGUCCCACAUAUGCCCUCAGCUGGGAAUUUGAAAAAGCAUCAAAUGAAUGUUCUAUAUUUGGGUAGUCAUGUAACUGUUGUUGAAUGGUAACGCCUACAAUUCGACCAUUAACAUAUAAAUAUUGUCCAACAGUUCAGAAAACUAAGUAAACCAUUCACAAAAUCAGAAACAAAUUUAGUGAAUGCAAUGUUGUGAUGAUCUUUUGUAGAAAAACCUGAGUACAAUAAGUUUGUAUCACAUAUCAAAGCUUUCAUCAUAUUGAAAAUAAAACAUACCAGGUACAUAAUUAUACCAAGAUCCUGAACAUUUAACAUCCAGUUUUGCAUCCGUGCCCUUUCCUCAUCCCUUUUCACACUUCACUUUCCCACAUCAAGGUUUAUGUUGAUGCAGACCCAGCUGCAGAGAAAAAUUACAGGGGGGGGGGGCAUUCCAUUGUUUUAGGGGGGCACACUUUUUUAAAAAAAAAUGUAUAUGCUUCAGGCUGAACAGUGUCUCUGUGACUACUCUUACAGUGCCGAGAAAGAAAUUCUUAAUAAAAUCCCAAAAUCUAAAAAAAAUCAACAAACAAAAAGCAAUAGUGUAGUCAGUAUUCCCAAACUGGGCAGGUUUUUACCCAAUUAGGCUUAUUUUGAACACAUUGAGCUGGAAGACAAAUAGCUUACGGGCAGGUUGUAGACAUUUGGGAAGAUUUUCACAACAUUUGUUGGGCUUUUAGAAAGAUUUUCUGACAAAAUAUAUCAAAAUAGUUGUCAAUGUCUGGAAGAA